GAGGCGGUAAAAGGACAAUCAGUGUUGAAGAACUGAAGCACCCGACAUUAGCAUAACUCCAACAGAGUAAAAGAGAAAACAAAAUGGGGGAAAAAGCCACUGCAGCCACUAACUCUUAACUGAAAGAUAAUUUCCUAGCAGGUUCAUACCUUCUGACCCACAAGAAGACCAGGGAGCAACAGCUGGAAUGGACUAUGAACCGAAGAAACCCAAGAAGGCUUUCGUGUCACCUAUUAAGCGCCUCGUCUGGUCCAAAUCUGCUCACAGGCCAACAGACCGUGGCAGCGGUUACCGGCGCCCGCUGCACACCGUACCUCUCUACCCCCCAGACUUCCUCAUCCACCCUGAAAGACUAAUCUUUGAUUAUGUGGAAAAAGAGGUUAAGUUCCUUGGUCAGCUGACCUGGGUUUCCGUUUCAUUAAAUCCCUCCAGCAGAGAUGAACUUCUGCAGCUGCUGGACACUGCCAGGCAGCUGAAGGUGCUGCCCCUGAAGACCAGCGAGGAUCAGGACUGCAUCCUGAGUCUGUCCGCUCGCUGUCUGCUGCUGACGUGGAGGAACAAUGAGAAGCUGCUCAUGAGGAUCCCCACACAUGAGAUUGCUGCUGCCUCCUACCUGAGAGAUGAUGCACUGCACCUGCUGGUCCUGAAGACGGGUCUGAAUGUUGACUCGAUUGUGGCUGGAGAGGACAGUCUGGAGAGGAAAAAGCCGCCCAGCAUUGAUAGGAGACGUCAAACCAUGAGCAGCAAUGCUGACCCUCGCCCUGCAGGGGGCACAAUGGAGCGCAGACACACCAUUUGUGGAGUGGAUUGGAGGCCAUCCCUGUCCAGAAGCAACCACGACAAAAAUCAGAAUCUGGAAAGAGGAGGUGGAGGAACAGGAGGAGAACGAGGUGGAGGUGGCAGUUUAGAGAGAAAGAGAGUAGUGGGGAGUUGGGAAAGGAGGCAACAAACACGCAAAACAGGGGGAAGCUGGGAAAACCGCAGAGCCAGACCCAUGAGUGGGAGCUGGGGAGUGGGAGGAGGUGCCGGAGGGAGCUGGGAGAAGAGACAUGGAGGUGGAGGAGGUGGGAGCUGGGAGAGGAGAGGAGGAGGAGGAGGAGGAGCAGGUGGCAGCUGGGAGCGGCGGCAGGCCUACACAGGAAGCUGGGAAAGAGGCAAAACCUACGGCAGCUGGGAGAGGAGAAACUACAACCCACUGGAGCCAACGCCGUGUCCGGACGCCUACUGCAACCUGGUCAUCCUGGCUGUGGAGAACAAGGACGCUGCAGAGGAGUACUGCUCUCUCAUUUGUCAGAUGUUCCAGAUCAUUUACGGCCAUCAGAUCAUUGAGUGUGUCGACAGAGCGGGUUUUCAUCACACCGUGCCGGACCGCUACUGGCUGCAGAGGAGUGACAGCUGUCUGACUGACAUGUCCUACAGUUAUGAUCCAGAGUUCAGCUGCUGCAGCUCAUACGACGGCUCCCAGGAUGCCUUUGAGCUCUACUACGGUGAAACCUACAGCGAGAGCUCGUCUGUCUCUCUGCAGGAUUCUCAUCGCAGCCUGACGUCAGUCAGCGAUGGGGGAGACAGUAACCCUGCCCUGCAGCUGAUGCAGGAGUACAUGAUCACUCUGCGUAACAAGCUGACUCCUGUGGAGCUGCAGCACUUUGCAGUGUUGCUGAGAGAAUACAGGCUGGGAUCCGACAUCGACCACUUCUGCUCUGAGCUGCUGCAUCUCUACGGAGAAAACCGCAAGUUCCUGCUGCUGGGCAUGCGCCCCUUCAUCCCAGACAAAGAUGUCGGAGUGUUUGAGAGUUUUCUGGAAAGCAUAGGAAUCCGGGAGGGGGGGAUUUUAACCGACAGCUUUGGACGCAUUAAACGCAGUAUGAGCAACACCUCAGCCACAGCAGUGAGAGGGUACGACAGUGGAUCCCUGGCUUCAGGGUCUCAGGAUUUUAACCGACGCAUCUCUGACAUCACCCAUGACAUCCAAGCACUUGGUUUCCAGGAAACUCAUGGCGACAUUGAAGAGGAAGACUACUACCUCUGAUGGAGAAAUGAAGAAACUAAUUCAGAGGUCUUGAGCAAAGAUCCAACAGCACAUUGGUAAUCUGCAUUCUAUCCAGAACUGAUUGAAAUGUUGUAAUAUGCUAAAAGCCAUGUGGAAGCUUAGGGAUGCUGAUACAGGUGGAUGUGAAAAAAAUGUCAUUCUUAGAUGUUAUUAGAUGACAGUUGGGGUCGGUUUAUGACAACAAUUUUAGGAAUAUAAAUUAUGGUUUUGGCUGGCAUACUGUUUUAUGCCUGUAUAUGUUUUUAAAAAGUAAAGACAAAUGUAAAACAUGUAAUUUAGUUAAUGUGUUCUUGGUGAAGACAUGAAAAUGUGUCUCAUAGAUGUGCUUCAUAACUGGAAUGUUUUAUUGUGGUUGUAAAAAAUACUUGAAAAGGAUAAGACACUUCAUCCUAUCUUGUUUCUAUGAAUCACUAAGUGGAAUACUGUGUAUCAGUACAUUUAUAGAAAGAUCAAUAUUUCUGUAAUGUUUGUCUGUCACCACAAGGGGGCAUCUGAGUGUAGCAGUUGAGUAUGUUGCUUUUGAACUGAGGUCAAAGCUAAAAAGGCUGAAAGAAAGAAAUUUGUAAUGGCUUUAAUGAAUCUGGGAUGGAUGGAUGGAUGGAUGGAUGGAUGGAUGGAUGGAUGGAUGGAUCUCAGUCCUGUAUUGACCUGUUCCUCUCUUGGCUGGAUUAUGACCUACCCAUGAUGCACUGCUUCUCCACUCUCUGGGGCUGUUCUGUGCCAACAUCACUGAAGAUCACAGCCACAUAGAGUCAAUGACCUGACUGGAGUUGUGUUACACUCGCAGCAUUAUUAUGUAACAGAAGAACAUUGUGUGAAUUUCCUCAAAAAAUCAUAAAACAAUCUGUCAGAAACUGAUUAACUAUAUUCAUGUAGCAUAUAGAGAUCACAAGUUUAUAGUUUUUAAGGGAAAAGAUGUAAAGCUGUUUAUGCAAAAGGCUUUCUGUUCAUAUGAAUGACACGUUUAUUGAGCAUUUCUUGUGUCUUCCUAUAUUUCAUACUCCUUAGGCUUUUUUCUGCCAUCAUAGAGCAGCUAUAUCUAGUGGUCAAUCUCACUGCAGAAAUCCAUGCAGUUGAAAUGCAGUUGUAUAAAGAAAAUUAAGCUUAGAAA